AUGUCGGUCCUUACUCUCGUCCAUCGCGCCUUACCUUUCACCCUCUCCAAGAAACGGCGCAAGUCAACCAGUAGCGGCUCAAGCAGGGGCAAAGAAAAAGUGACUGAAAUCGAAGCCUCUACCCCAUACCAUGACUCACGUGAUGAAAUUCAAAUCGGCACGCUGCACCGUGACGUCUCCAACGCCCUGCAUGUAGCGGUGAAGCAAGACCCAGGCCUAAACCCUCGCACAAACGACUCACGGAGGGAACAACCUGCAUCCGCAUCUGCAUCCGUCUCGGAUUCGCUCUCAAUCUCCGACCACGAGGCCCACCGGCUCGAGGAGAAGUGCGAACCUUCUGCACGAUCCCGGCUUGCUCGCGUGGUGAGCUGGGCGAGUAUUGUUGGGAGUCAGUGUCGGUGGACAAGUGAGCAGGAAAAGGAGCUUGCGCAUGCCCGGAAGCAGCUUGCGAGAUGCCAAAAGGCUUGGAGUUCGGAGCAGGAGUUGUGGCUGGCUCAUAUACAAGAUCUGAAUGAAGAAAAAGAAGCGCACGACGGUUUCAUGCUCUUACGAACAAGGCAGCAAUAUGAAGAGCAGCAACAAUUCCGCAAGGCAUGGAAACGACGCCGAUCGUUGGAAAAUACUCUGGAGCUUAAUAGCCCAACAUUGAAAAGAAACGACAGUAUGAUGAGCAGACUUCGGAGAUUGCAGCGUCAAGGAUACAUGGGAGCUCCUCUGGUGACAACAGAUUCGACUGUAUUAGAAUGUCGAGGCUGA